UAUGUAUUAUCCGUGAUUACUUAAUAAUUGUCUGUGCCUUUUGAUUUAUUAGGAAUUAUCCCAUUUGUCUGGCAUUUAGCCUGAAGAUGGCAUCACGGGGAAAGAGUGAGACGAGUAAACUGAAGCAGAACUUAGAAGAGCAGAUGGACAGACUGAUGCAGCAGUUGCAAGAUCUCGAGAUCUGCAGAGAGGACCUUGAGCCAGAAGAAUAUGAAGAAACAAAACAGGAAACUCUGGAACAGCUGAGUGAAUUCAAUGAGUCACUGAAGAAAAUCAUGUCUGGAGAUAUGACGUUAGUUGAUGAACUCAGCGGGAUGCAGCUCGCAAUCCAAGCAGCCAUUAGUCAGGCCUUUAAAACUCCAGAGGUUAUCCAAAUGUUUGCAAAGAAGCAGCCUGGACAGCUGCGGACUAGACUAGCAGAGAUGGAGAGAGAUGUAAUAGUCGGAAAGCUGCCAAGGGAUGUCUACACACAGCAGAAAGUUGAAGUGCUCACAGCAUUGAGGAAGCUGGAAGAGAAGCUCACACCUGAAGAAGAAGCUUUUCUCUUGGCCAACGUGAGUGCUGCACUCAGUCAGUUUGAGAAAGUUUCGCGAGACCUUGGAACUGGAGAUAAAGUCCUCGCUCUCGCCAGUUCAGGAGUGGAAAUCACAAAGAAGUGAGGAGUGACCUAAGAUCCAGCCCUCCAGAUACCAUCCCAAUUAUUGUUGUUUACAUUUUAAUGUCUCACUUGUUUCUUUUUGUUUAAAUCUGAAGGAAAUGUAAAAUCAGAAAAGUACUUGUAAAUAUGUUCUUUGUAUGGACAACCGUUCCAAAUCUUUUCUUUAUGUAUUCAGCUUUAAACACUAGCAUUUUGAACUGCCAUCCUUUAUAAAAUAAAAGCCUCAUUUCCAUUUA